CUUAAACAAGAGGUUGUUUCGAGGCUAGUUUCCGAAGUACACGCUCAUUAUUUUCAGUUUCGUGAAAUUGUUGGGUGUAGUCGGCCAGGGCUCUAUUGCUAUUGAAGAAAUUUGACAAUUUUGACGGUUCUUUUUGUGUGUGAAACAUGGAAGAACUUAUUACUUAAUUUCAUCGAACAAAUACAUUUUUUUCUUCUGUUUUAGAGAAGGAAUUAUGGUCACACCUUAAAUCACUAUAAAAAUAUAUAUAUUCUCAUAUUAGUAUUAUAAGAGGAAAAAUUUUGUUUUAAAGUUAUUUACGCAACUGUUGGAUAUUUUACACAAGUGUUUUGGAUAAAACCACAGUUUACAUUUACAAUGUUUCGUUUUGUGGUAUUCUUGAUAUGGACUUGUUUUGCUCUUCGGAUACAUUCGGCACGCCUCUUUGAUCCGACACCCCGGAAUGCCCUCUGGACUUACUCAUCCCUCUUGGACAAUGGCGGCUCAGUUCUUGAUUGUGGAGGAAUAGAUAGACAAUGGAAUUUGAAUGGCGGGAAAUGUGGUGUUUGCGGGGAUCCCUGGGAUGGAUUACGUCUCCAUGAAGAUGGCGGCAAAUACGGACAGGGAAUUGUGGGAGGAAUAUACAGAACCGGAAGUACUGUUCUGUUUACUAUUGAAAACCCAGAAAGAAUUGGAGGAGAAAUCGAAUUCAAGCUAUGUGACGUCACAGAAAAGGGACAAGAUCUUCACCAGAGCUGUUUCGACGAACAUGUUCUGCUGUUUGCGGACACCAAGAAGACGAGUCAUCGUGUGAAAUCUCAUGAGGGUUUCCUUGAUGCUCAUGUUCAACUUCCGGCUGGGCUUGUCUGUCAGCAUUGUGUUUUACAGUUGACAUUCAUACAAGAUAAUAACGAAUGUCCUGAAUGUGUGGAAAAACGAACCAUCCGCAAUUGCGCAGAUAUACAAAUAACCCCAGGAAAAAGCCGACAAAAGCGACAGGUACAAGGGUGGAAAAACCAACAACCUGAUCAAACUAACCUGGGUAAGAGAGUUGAAUGGCUCGGAGUACAGGCCAAAAAAGCAGCAGCCGCACAUGCCACAGCCAAAAAGCCAACGGUGAUGAAGGAUGCAGAGAUAUACAGAACAGAGCUGAAAAAGGUAGAGUCAAUUGCCCCAAAACCCACCCCACCAAGACAUCUGAACGGCAGACAACAACAUUUCUACCAACUUCAACAUCAGAGAGCGCUCCAUAGGAAUCAAAAUCGGCAAUUUGGCCAGCAACAGAACUCUGGGCCUUCACUAUAUAGGCAUAAUUCUGAAGUAUUAUCUAGCAGGGCAAGUAAAAGCAAUUUCAAGCUCACACAGGAAGCAAGGCCCAAGAAACCAAAGAAGAAUCAGGUAGAACCGUCUCCCGCGUUUAUUAAUGCUGAUCCCAAACCAACACAGCCGUCACAGCAGAAACCAACACCAACGCAACAUUCUCAACAGCAGUCAACUCCAAAUAAUCAGGUUAACCACCAUCAUCAUAAACAACACAAAGCAGCGAACAUAAUUCAAAACAAUGCAAGACCGACAAACCAACCAGUACAUAUGUAUCCCAACAAGCAACACCAGCAACACCAAAAUCAACCUAUGUACAACAAUAAUCAACAACGACAUCAAAAUCAGUUCAACCAUCGCAAUCAAAAUUUCGCCCGCCAACAACGCUACCAGCAAUCUCGUAAUUUCAACAAUCAAUGGAACAUGCAUAGAUGGAAUCAAAAUAAUAAUAAAUUCCAACAAAGCCAACACCAAAGAAACUCACUUUCGCAAUCACGCCAACAGCCCACAAAGCCAUCCCCUUCCAUGGAUGCUGUUGGGGGUGCAUUCAGUUCACAGUUCGAUAAACCAUCUGGGGGACUCUCUAGCAUGCCUUCAGAAAAUCCGAACAAACAACCGUUCAACGACAUGGUAGCAAAGACGCAUACUGGUGGUUUUCUAUCCUCUCAAGAUAGUUUGAUACCAAGGUCCUCAAAUCCGAACUCUUUUCAUAAUGGAAGACGACCUAUAAGUCCUCCUUCAUCUGGACUAUAUCCCACUAAUGACGUUGUACCCUCUGUGUCUGCAGGAAAACCACCUCUAAGCAACUUUAAGGGAGACACUCCAAUUUCGAUAGACCGUCCAGCUAAAGGAAUGAAUUCUGACACAAAAUUUGUAAGAAAUAUCAUUCAACCAGCUGGAUUUAAAGAAAUUCCCCAUUUAGAUUUUGUGCAUGCUCCAGAGGUUCAAAGACAGCGCAUAGGUCCAAAAUCUAACCAGAAACAUGUACCGUCUACAACAGUUUCUCCCAAGGACGCACAGUGGAUGGCACAAUCUAACUACAUGCCUAAACCACAGCAGACAUGGAACAAUAAUGUUCCAAAUCAACAAUCAUGGCAAAAACCAGCUUCUGAAGGAGGAGCCCAACCAGUAGAGACACAACAGUCUUUUGUUCUUAACAAAAGGCCAAUGCAAUCAAAUUCAGCAUCCAAAAGCAUUAAACAACCAAUUAGAACACCUACAGAGGUUCCGAUAAAAGUCCAACCUAAUCCACAGUGGUUUAAUCCACAACCCCGACAACCUCAACAAGCAAAUAUCCAACGCAUAAAUAGCCAACAGGGUUGGCUCAACAAUGCGCAAGUGUCUCCAACUCAAUCAUCAAUCAGAAGACAAGAUCAGCCACAAAACCAACAAUGGAAUAAUAAACCACCACAAGCAGCCAAUUCACAACCACAACGAUCUCUGGAAAAAGCGCCAAAUCAAAAUAUGAAUUUGAACAACCAAAUGCAGAAUAUACCGCCAAUGCCUACACAAACUUCAAACAAUCAGGCUAUGAACCAAAAAACUCGAAAAAAUCAAAUUAAUCCACUACAACAGCAGCAACCUAGGAACAAGUUUCAGGAAAAGCAACCUUCAAUUCAGCAAAAUCCACCACAGCAAUGGCAGCAACAACAGAACAUGAACGGACCUCCGGCGCAGGGAAUUCAAAAAACCCAAAUGAUACACACUAGAGUUCAACAACAACUACCUUCAGAAAUGCCUCCACAGCAACAGCAGUGGAUGAACCGGAAUUGGCAAGCACAAGGAAAUCAACAAUCAAAUCCCUACCCAUCUUCAGCACCCAUGACAAGUAAUCAGGCAGGAAACCCACCAUACAGGGUGAGGAAGAAUAAAAAACCUUUUAGUUUGAACGCCGAUCCACAAGCAAUGAGAUGGAGUCCAAAAGUGGCAAGACAAUUUUUUGGUGGACUUACUGUAUACGACCCAAAUGGAAGUCCAUCAUCAAAUAAACCGAAAGCUUCACCACCAAGUCCUCCUCAAAGGCCAAUCUCUACUCCUGCCCCAGCUAUAGCUCCAUCACAACCAGUUUCUUCUCAAAUCGUUAAGAAAUGGAACUCUGUACAAGCUCCCGCUGCACCAGUUGUUCCUAAUCAGAUCCAACAAUCUGCCGUUCAGAGUGUUCCAUCCCAGAUAAACAGGAGUGUCAAUCCCCCAAACUACGCUCAACAGCAACAACCUCAGCCAACCCAAAAUAUUGCACCACCAGGACUUGGACAGCAACCAAACCAACCUCAAAAUGCUAUACCUCCUUCAUAUAUUCCUCAACAACAGCAACAGCUACAAAUUCAGAAUGCAUCUCCGUCCCAACAAUUACAACAGACACAACAAAAUCAAAAUACUGUUCCACAAAUGCAGAAUGCACCUUCUCCCCCACAAGUACAACAGACACCACAAAUUCAAAACAAUGUCCCACAAAUACAGAGUGCGGCACAAGGUCAAACUCAAAAUAAACCUACAAAAAUCAUGACAAAUAAACUUAUUGCUGGUUCCAACAUCAAAGGAAUUAAUUCACCCUUGUUUGUUCUUCAAACAAAAGCAGAUUUAAACAAACAUUUGGACAAAAUGGAAACACCUUCCAGCACAAAGAGCACUGAUCAAAUGUUGAACAUUGGGGAAUAUGACACUGGGUUUAAAGGUAAUAAAAAUCCAUUAUAUGUGGUUGGUGCACCUCUCAAAGUUCACGAUCCCAGUCCAGAACCCUCUCCUCAGAUAGAAAUAAUUCCAAAUCAGUCGAGUCGUGUAAUUCCGACGCAGAACAACGUACCAAAGAAUCAACAACCACAGCAACUAGCGAUUCAAGGUCAACAAAACAUGCAAACCCCUACAACUCAAAAUCAAUCACCACAACAAGGUGUUGUUCUUGGACAACAGCCACAACAAGUUAUUUUAGGUCAACAAAAUCCGAUUUCAACUCCUUCUCCGACCGUUGUUCAGACCACUGAAGCCCCACGUCAAUUUAAUCCCUUUGCGGGUAGUCCACGUCCAGUUCCAAACAAUAAAGAAUUAAUGGGUCAACGUCACCUCCCAUUAUCAGGACAACAAAACUCGUCACCUUUCCGUGGUUUUAAUUCAGCUUUGGGAAGGGGUGGACCUAACGUACCAACCCCAACGACCCCAAAUCCAGCGACAACUCCACAAUAUCGACAAGGUAGUUUGGGUGCGCUUGGAAGAGGAAUGACACAAAGUAACUUACAAGGUGCUAUUUUAGCUGCAGAAACAACAACAACAACAACACGAUCCCCACCAGUCAUAAGUGCUAGACAACAAUAUUUCUCUGCACAAAGAAAGGGAAUGUUCCGGCCAACAUUCGCUCGUAAAUUACCUCAACGAUAUCCACAAUAUCCUCAAAGAAACAAUCAGCAGUCAUUCCAAUCAAGAAUGGUACAAAAUAAUCAACAGCCUGUAAUUUUGCAACCACAAGUAAGAGGACGUCCAGAGAACACAACAGAAAGUCCCCAAAUGCAACCACAAUUCGCACAGAAUAACAUGAAUAGGAUGACCAAUUCAAGAUUUUCUAGAAAUAUGCAAAUACCGUAUCCAAAUAGACCGAGAUCAUCUACCAUUUCUCAGCAGAAUCCUCGGCCAAAACAGUUUCCUCAACGUCCUUUAUCAAACCCACAGACUUCUGGCUCUCAGUUAAGUAGCUGGAAAAAUCCCUCUCCUAUGCAGAACCCACAGUUUGUUAGAAGACAACAAUCUAGUCUUUCUCAAAGGUUUAAUCAAAAAGGUAAUCUUAAUUUAAUUGGAGUAACACCAGGUCCUACAUCAAAUCAGGGUAAUGUUAAGGAAGCCAGAGUUUUAGUAAAUCAGAAUGUUCCCUCACCAACACCUCCACAGAUGAAACAACCUAAUCCUGUUUCUAAUCCAAGGUCCAAAAAUAUGCUUGAAUCUAACACUGCUAAAAGUGGUCCUAAACCCCAAAGAGGUCCACAACAACCACAGGCUAGAGAACCACAAAGUCCUCUACAAAGUGUUCCAAAACCAAUCGUAAGGGAACCUCAACCAAUCAAAGGGCAAUAUCAACCUCAGAUGAUUAAAAAACCUUCGCUUAGUCGGAAAGCUUUUGAAACGGGCAGCAGUAAAUCUAAUGCAUUUAGUUCAUUUUUAAUGAAUGGGGGUCAUAAAACUGUUGUUGCAGCAGCAAAUGCAAUUGAAAAGCCGCAGCAAGGUUUGAAGAACUCUGUUAAACGAGCAGAAUAUGUUGCACCUGUCGAUGCCAUUAGUCCUGCAAAAGAGUCAAAUACAGUUUAUUCCAAUCCCCUGCAUUAUCACAAUCAAAGACGGGGUUUUGGAAUUGUGUCAGGGGGUCUUUCGGCGUCAAGGUUAGAUCCAAAUUCGGUAAAAAGAGCCCAACAACGCCUUCGUCCAUCCGAGAGUCCAAAACUUUCGCAUCUUGGAAAAAUACUUGGAAAAGAACAGCCUGCACAAAGACUUGGCAGCUACCAAAAUGUUCUCCGCCAGGCAGGGGUAACUCCAGACAUCAAAAAUAGUGAAGUUCUAUGGUCUGUUCGGACAACACCUGCGGAGUCUAAGAUCAUUUAUCAAGACGCCAUUCAGAAUCAAGCUAUUGCCGAAAAGGGCCCAGCAAUACCAGGAUACUACAGAAGAGACCUUGUUGUUGAAAAGCAACCACAGUCCGUAGUGCCGGAAGUUAAGUCCACAAAUAUUAAAACGCAACAGUCCAUGAUGAGUGGUGGACCUCUGCCAAUGGAAAUGGAAAAAUCACGGAACAGUGUUAGGAAUAACGCUCAUCCCCAAGUAAAGCCUAAAGCAGUCAAUUAUCCACAGAUACCCGGCUCACAGAACGUACCCGCAGUGCCAGGAAUUCCUCGUGAAGCGCCGGCUAAGAUGGCGGUUGUUGAUCCUCCUGUCCAAAGAAAACAAAUUAAGAAACAAAAUCCUCAGCAACAAGAACAUCAUCAACAACAACAACAACAACAACAACAGAUGCUGCUAGAAAAACAGCAACAGGGAGCUGAGCAAAAAACAACACCACAGCCUAAGGUUAACUUCCGUCAGGCGCAAAGGUAUCAACCAGAACAGUUUUUCCGGUUUAGAUCGUCUCCGUUUGGAAUACCGCAGAUAAGGCAGGCAGCGCAGAAACCAACUAGUGGUAGCGUAGUCCAAUACAAUAGAACUCCAUGAUUUCAUUCUCUAUUUCAUUGUGAUUCAUUGACAAUCUUUUGAAAACGUGGUCUUGUUUCUCUUUUCGAAUUUUCGAAAUCGUAUAUGUGAACUGUGAUGUCACGUUAUCCAAAUGGAUAAGUGAACCGAACAAUACGAGAUUACAAAAAUAACAAGAAAUAAGAGUUAUGUUUCGUUUUUAAAAUUAAAAUCCAAUCAUUUUUCUCAUUGAGAUAUGGAAAAAAAAUUUGUGCUAUACUUGUGGAGAUUAGAAAUAAAUGGCUGGAAUAUUACUGGAAAAUGUAUUCCGUCUUUUGACGUCAUACUGAACGUGACGUAAUCGUUAGUGAGUGUGAAUGCUUGUUGAUUUUGUUGCUGUUUUAGUGUUUGUAAAUAUUUAUUGAUUUCAUAUAUAAAAUGUAAAAGAUGAUAUAAA